AUGUCCACCCUCGGGCUCGCAGCUAGUCUCGGUUUUGACUACACUGACGAGUAUGCCCAUAUCGGUAACAAUACCUAUCAUUACCUCAGAGCGGAACCAGACAAUGACAAGAAAUAUGCCGGGACUGCCUUAUUCGUCCAUGGCUGGCCUGACAUGGCCUACGGCUGGCAUAACCAGAUCUCCCUCCUCACGUCCUUGGGAUACCGUGUCAUUGCCCCCAAUAUGCUUGGGUACGGGCAGUCAUCCCGCCACGCUUCUCUUAAGCCAUACACUCAUAAAAAUCUUGCCAACGAUCUCUCCCAGCUUCUCCAGGCUGUUCUGAAGGAUGGAGAAAAGGGGAUUAUCGUCGGUCAUGACUGGGGUGCUCCGGUAGUCUGGAGUCUUGUUGUGCGCUAUCCUAAACUCUUCAAAGCUGUCAUCAAUCUGUCGGUUCCGCACUUCACUCCUGCGGCUGAGUACGUGGAUCUUGCCGACGCAAUCGAGGCUGGACAGAGAACAUUCCAGCGCUAUAUGCUCCAGUUCCGCCAGCCAGGAAUGGAGGAACGAUUUCGGGGGGCCGACAAGUUUAGGCAUAUGCUCCGAGCUAUUUAUGAAGGAACGACCGCCGAUGGCCAGUUUGGUAUCAACAACACGAACGGUUUCAACUUCGAUCUCCUCGACCAGAUGCAGGUGGCUCCUUUCCUGCCUCAGGACCUGGAAGACAUUUACGUCCGUGAGAUGACCAGCCAUUCCGACCUACCCGUCGGUCUCUUCAACUACUACCGUACUGCAAGACUCGAUUGGGAGGACGAAAUAGCCUGGCAGAACAACGGGGGCUCGUGGCAGAUUGAUAUUCCGAGUCUGUUCAUCUGUGGCCAGAGGGACCAAUUUGUUCCGUGCCAAACUGCCCAGGGCAUGGAAAGGAACUUUAAGGAUCUUCAAAAGUUUGAAGUUGACAGUGGCCAUUGGAUUCAGAUCGAGGCCCAUGAUAAAGUCAACGAGAUUAUACAGCACUGGAUCGGCUCUCUCAAAUGUCAUAAACAGUAA